CUGAUCUGCUCCAACGGGUGGAAGCUGCCGCUGCUCGGGUCGAUCUACUUCGCCGGCUUCGGCGCGGGCCUGCUCGUGUGUGGGCAGAUCUCGGACACGCUGGGGCGCAAGAGGGGCUACCUUUUCUCGGCCGGCUGCAUGGCGGCGGGAGGGAUCCUCGCGGCCGCGUCGUGGAGCUGGGCCUCGUACGCGUACCUGAACCCCGAGCUGCGCCCGGUGAUGGCGUGGUUCCCCAACGUGGCCUUCUGC